UAGGCUGGAAUUUGGGCAAUAACCAACCAGUUAUUGGGAAACUUCGACGUUCUGACAACAACUCUACCAUUAUACAACACUUUCUUCCAUCACAUAAUCAACAUAGAAAGACUAUCUUGAAUGAAUGUAAUGAAUGUCAGAUACAUAAUCCAAACACUAUUCUACCUUCAAAUGUUAACACUUCACACAAUUUAUGUUUCACCGAUCUUCCACUUAAUCUUUGUUUUACAAUCCCUGUCAAUUAUA